AUGUUUUAAUAUCUUAUCAAUUCAAAUUAUCAUUAUAAAAUAUAUUUGCCUGUAUUUUUUUCUUAUUUGUAUUAGUGUUUGUGGCAAUAGUGCUUAUAUUUUGGGUAGUGCAGUUGAAUUAGAAGCAGGUCUAAAACAAUUUUUAACUAUAUUUUCCAAUAAUCGUUCACAGAAUACUGUUGAUGUCAUACGAAUAUUAUGCCAUUUAUUAAAACAUUCUGAUUCUGAAUGUGUUUUGAAUGCUGCUGGUACGCUGGGUACUAUAUGUAGUUCAAAAGAAGGACGUGAUAUAAUAUUAAAUCAUGCUUGUAUUUCUCAAAUGAUUAUAAAUACAUCAUCAUUAUUAUCUUCUAAUAAUUCAUGGAUUGCUAGUAAUGUUGCAUUAGUACUAGCUAGAAUUACUGUUGAAGAACUUGGUUGUCAAACAAUAUUAACACAUUCUAAACAUCGAGAGAUUUUAAAUGAACUUGUGUCUGCACUUGAUAUAAGUGAUCCAAGUCGUUCAACAAAUGCUGCUUUUGCUAUUGGACGUUUAAUUGAAAAAGAUGAAGGAAAAAAAAUCUUAAUUUCUGUUUGUGGACAAUAUAAAAUUUUUGAUGCAUUAUUACAUAUGCUUGAAACAAAUGAAGAAAAAGGUGUCAAUAAAAAUGCUUGUUAUGCAUUAAGUUGUUUAUGUACAACUUACUAUGGUUUUCAAUUAUGUCUACAAUAUCUAACAGUCUUUCAUCAAAUACUUUUUGCAAUUGAAGCACUACUUUCAUCUAAUGAACAUGAAAAUAUUUGGUUUGCUUUAAUGUGUCUUAGAACAAUUGCACAAUAUGCUGGAGCUGAUGAUCAUUUAUGUUAUUCAAAAACUUUACCAGAAAAAUUAAAACAAAUACGUGAUAAAUGGAAAACAUAUAAAGAUAUUCAAGAUGAAUCUAAAUUACUUUGGUAUAUGAUACAUAGAAAUAUAAAACCUAAUCGACCAAAUGUUGAUGAAUGUCGAAAUACUUCUGCUGAUAUAUCUUGGAAUUUAUGUAUAGAUAGUUGGGACAAUAAUGAAUUCCAAUAUCGAAUUAUUCUUGAUAACAAACCAAUUACUGUAACAAAUAAUACAAAUUAUUGUUUAAAAAAUUUAACACCAAAUACAAAUUAUAGUGUACAAAUUCAAUAUGUAACAUCUCACGGUGACAGUAUUCGUAGUGAUCCAAUUGUAUUUCAUACAGAUGAAGAAUUACCUCCACCUGUUAAUAAUCUUCAUGUCGCACGUAGAACAAUGACAGCAGCCCGUAUUGCUUGGGAUCCACCAGAUCUUAGUGGAUGUAAUUCAUUUAAAGGCUAUCAAGUUUAUUUAGGUAAGAAAAAAAAAACUAUUUUAUUAAGCAGUUCCCCUCCUCCCUAA